GGUGCUCUCACCUUACAUGGAAGACAUUACAGAAACAGGCUGGCAAGAUAAACACUUUCAGAAACCCCCGACUUGGCCAUAAGGAUAAUGCUGCAUUUUUCUGUCAGAAUCACACGUGUGUGUGCUCUGGAGGUUAUUUCUGCGUGGAAACUCAACUUCUUGGAUUAGCAGUCCCAGCGCGAACCCUUACUGCUGGAGUUUAAACCAAAUACCAAGCCUUCGUGCAGAGUAACCUCUUCCAUCCCAUUCUCUCAGUGUCCAGUCUGGCAAGAAAUUGAGCUGUAGGUCUCUUCUGGGCCUGGAGUUCUUUCCUCUUCGUUCCCUCUCCAGUCUUGGGAUUGCAUUUUGCUUUAUAGUGCAAGUGUAAGAAACCCACGUGACAGAGGGGGCCUGGACUCACCCCAACAGGGCUGCUCAGUCAUUAACUGCAGCCAUAUGAGUGUGAGCACAGGUCACUGAUGUCGCUCUUCACCUUCCUCAGGUAACAGCCGUGUGCAGUGCUCUAUUAAUUGGUGCAGGCCAGUAUCGGAAGUGCAAGACUGAAUAAGGAGGAGACAUACUAAACGUAGCCAUAGGGGAUGAGGGGCACAGAUGGCCUUGGAGAGGCUGAGAGAAUGUCAUUACGAGGCUUCCCUCCCUCUCGUCUCCAGUCUGGUGCCAGGUGAUGGAGUGGAAAAGGAGACAGUGUAUUUUUUUAUUCUAUGUGCACACAUGCAGUAUACGUAUAUAUUUAUAUCACAGUUUAAGAAACCAAAAAGUUGAGUUUCCAAUGAAAUCCUUGUUUUUUAAUAAUUGCCUGUUUUUAAAUGUGAUCAGGACUAUAAUAUUGUACAGUUAUUAUAUGGCUUUUGGGGAGGGAGAGGGAGGGAGAAGUUGCUCUGGGGAUUUCGUUUCUGCUUUUCCUUCAGGGUUUUAUUUUGACUGUUUUGUUUUUUUCUUGUUGGCCAUUGUACUGCUGGCAUCUGUGCUGAGCCUUACACUGGCAAAAAUAAUGACAUGUAGCAAGUAUUUUAAAACAAAAUAUUUUUUCCUUUUGUACGCUUUGUGUUGUGUCAUCUUGAUUGCGGCUUAAUUAUUCCUUUCCCCUCAUAAACAACAAACACCCACAACUGGUUGAAUCCAUAGCUUGAGCUCCAAAUAUACAAACAUAAAGCACAGCGUGUCUGUAAUGUCAAGAAUCAGAAAUCAUAGGGCUCUGAUCACUCAGCAUUCCUUGGUUGUCCUCUUGAUCCUGACUCAUUCUGAGUAAAAUCAGCAGGGACAUCUGACCAUGGCAUGGGGGGAGGGGUAUGGCUCAAGUCCUCAGGAGAGGGGAAGAAUUGGGACUUGAGACCAGGAGGGCACAUCUGGAUUCCUUCCUCCAGGAUGUCCUCCUCGAUGAACAGCAGUGAGGAAUGGCGACGUUUAAACUCUCCAGGUCUGGACCUGGUUACCCUGUAGGAGCAUGUAGUUCAUUAGCAAAUCUUAAAACCCACAGGCAUAAACCUGUGAUCUUGAGGGUCUGUGUCUGUGAUCCAGCUAGAAACCGAGUCUCGAUCUCAUGUGUUAUCCUUCCUGUUCCAAGGACCCUCUUUUCCUCUUCCCCCACAUCCGUUUAUGAAGAAAACGGAGUUUGGGAAUGUGGUUUAGGGACUGAACUAGACUCUCAUGAUCUGUCACAUGCCUAGAUGUUGGCGGAACCACGUGGAGGAGCUCAUGUGACGACCUGAAUUGGGGACUUUAGUAAUUGAGACAGAUAAUGUUCAUCAGGCAUCCCAACAUCUAAGAGUUUUAAUGACGAGUCACAUGUGAGUUUGUCAGUGCUUAUGGCCUUGAUUCAUGUGCUGUCAUAAAUUACUGAAUGCUGUUUCUCGUUACUUUUAGAACUGAUUUCAUCUGACUUUCUGGGCUCUCCUUCCUCAGCAAAAUCCUGUCAGGCUGGGAGAGCUUUUCCUCUGCGUAGAACCUGUGACAACUUUUAGCCAACAAGCUUAUAAAAUGCAAAUGAUUUUGGAACCUAUGAUUUCCCCAACAUACCCAUUUUCUAGCCUUUUCUGUUUGUUCCGUCAUCUUUGAUGCCAUCAUCUGACAGAAAUGUGAAAACAAGUUUCAGAGUUGGAGAGGAGACGGGUAAUGGGAAAAAGUCAGAAAAGAUGUAAUCCCCCAAAAUAGUUAAUGCUAAGGAAGGAUGGGGGAGACCAGGGCUGUGUCCCUCUAUUUACCAAAGAGAAGGUAGGCCCCGACUUAAGCAAUAUGUCUUGAGGCCUCAUUUUUCUGUCUGCCCUUCAGAGAGUGGAAACCAAAUACCCAGCAGUUCACCCUGGCGUGCACGCUCCACAGGCCUGCAGAAGCAGUCAGCUCUGCUGCCUCCCCUCCUCCCCAGUGCCCUUCUUUGCAUUUCUAUCCCCGCCUCCUUCCUCUAUUCAAAUUUUCCAGCCGACAGCUGGAGCUGACUUCCGCAAUUCUGAUGGGAUAAAUCCAGCCUUCCUAGUCAUCUGCCCACAUUAUCCACACAUCCCUGCGGAACCCGGCCCAGAGAACAGAUCUCCAUCAGCAGGAUGUGGGGGCUCAAGGUUCUACUGUUGCUGCCCGCGGUGAGCUUUGCUCUUUACCCUGAGGAGAUCCUGGACACCCACUGGGAGCUGUGGAAGAAGAGCUAUGGGAAGCAGUAUGACAGCAAGGUGGAUGAAACCUCUCGGCGUUUAAUUUGGGAAAAAAACCUGAAGCAUAUUUCCAUCCAUAAUCUUGAGGCCGCUCUUGGUGUCCACACGUAUGAACUGGCCAUGAACCACUUGGGGGACAUGACCAGUGAAGAGGUGGUUCAGAAGAUGACUGGACUCAAAGUACCCCCGUCUCGCUCCCGCAGUAAUGACACCCUCUAUAUCCCGGAUUGGGAGGGCAGAGCCCCGGACUCCGUUGAUUAUCGAAAGAAGGGCUAUGUUACUCCCGUCAAAAACCAGGGUCAGUGUGGCUCCUGCUGGGCUUUCAGCUCGGUGGGCGCCUUGGAGGGCCAGCUCAAGAAGAAAACUGGCAAACUCUUGAACCUGAGUCCCCAGAACCUGGUGGACUGUGUGUCUGAGAACGAUGGCUGUGGAGGGGGCUACAUGACCAACGCCUUCCAGUAUGUGCAGAAGAACCGGGGCAUCGACUCCGAAGACGCCUACCCGUACGUGGGACAGGAUGAAAGUUGUAUGUACAACCCAACGGGCAAGGCAGCUAAGUGCAGAGGGUACAAAGAGAUCCCUGAGGGGAACGAGAAGGCCCUGAAGAGGGCGGUGGCCCGAGUGGGCCCCAUCUCUGUGGCCAUCGACGCAAGCCUGACCUCCUUCCAGUUUUACAGGAAAGGUGUGUAUUACGACGAGAACUGCAAUAGCGAUAAUCUGAACCAUGCGGUUUUGGCAGUGGGAUACGGGAUCCAGAAGGGAAGGAAGCACUGGAUAAUUAAAAACAGCUGGGGAGAAAACUGGGGAAACAAAGGCUAUGUCCUCAUGGCUCGGAACAAGAACAACGCUUGUGGCAUCGCCAACCUGGCCAGCUUCCCCCGGAUGUGACCUCGGCCCGCCCUACCUCUUGCAUUCCUUCCUCGAUGGUGCAACAUAGCGGUGUGCUUUGGAAGGGAGUCGUGUGCCUUUCUUGAAGCAGAUGUAGCAAUACGGAGGUUGUCAUUCAGGCUCCCCAUUCGUUGUUUCUUCAAGGGACACUCCUCCUACUUUCCUUCUUUCCAGCCAAGGCCUUUAUUUUCCAUUGCGGCUGCAGUAGGAAUUUCACUGACUGGUGUGCAUUCUUAGGCUACGAGAUGUGACCAUAGCCUGCCCAGCCACGUUGACCUGGGGCUGAUGUUGUGCAAAUAGCUGGAGGCCAGGUUCUAAUUCACGGAACCUGCUUAGCUUUGACCUCUCUACAGACUAAGGUGACCUGAGUCCUCAGUCUCCAAGUUCACGUCUUCUAUAUCCCAAGGUAGAAAUGUCUCUGUUUUGUACCCCAGUUCACAAAUGUACUCAUACAUUUUUGGUACAAGUUAACAUGAUACAAGAAAUGUAUUUUCUUUUUCCUUCUUUGCAUUUUUUAAGUAAACCAAGUAUUUAUCUCUUGUCUAUAACUUAAUAAAUAGCUAUUUAGUAACCACUCAUUUUGUGUUGGAUACUGUGUGAGGUUCCCUGAGAUAAAAAGGUGAAUAAAACAUAUUCCUUAUGCUUGA